AUAUGAAUGGAAAGGGAAGAUUGAAGAAGACAAUGAGAUCUUACUGAUGAUAAAGACCAGAUCAUCCAAAGUCUCAGCCCUGGCAGAAUACAUAAGGUCUGUUCAUCCUUAUGAAGUUGCCGAAGUGAUCAGUGUUCCCAUAGAGCAAGGAAACCCUCCGUACUUAAAGUGGGUCGGGGAGAAUGUGCCAGAGUGAAACCCUCUAGUCUUUCCCUCUGCUAAUUGACAACACAGUUGAUUAUGUAACAAAACAAAAUCGUUUGUUUUUUUUCAAUAAAAACUUAAAAAUA